AUGCAGAACGACGAGCUGAUCUGGAGCGUGGUGAACAAGCACUUCUGCGCGUUCAAGAAGAAAACGGACAAAGAAGACAUGUGCAGGAACUUGCACAACGUGACUGGCAAGUGCAACCGCGUGAGUUGUCCGCUGGCCAACAGCCUCUACGCCACUGUUCUCGAGCAGCAAGGCAAGUUGUACUUGUACUUGAAAACGGCGGAGAGAGCCCACCUGCCCAGCCGCCUCUGGGAGAAGCUGAAGCUGCCCCGCAGCCUCAAAGAGGCCAAACACUUCGUGCGAAUUCGCAUGCAAAACGAAUACCCCAAACACCAAAUCCAACGCUGCCUCCGCAGGCUCAUUCGCCUCCGCCAAAUGCUCGACAGGAUGCGCAGGCUCGAGCUCAAACCCAGGGAGAAGCUGGAAGGAGUGAAGAAGAAAACUGAAAGGAGAGAAGCAGCAAGAGAAAAAAAAGCACUUCGUGCUGCUCACAUCGAAGAUGUCAUUGAAGACGAACUGCUCAAAAGACUGCACCAGGGGGUGUACGGAAACCUCUACGAAGAACACAGAAUGCCAGCAGAGGCGGAGCAGCAGCAAGAAGACCCUGAAGUUACAGAAGAAAAAGCAGCAGAAGCAGGUUCGAUUCGCUUCGAAGCUGCCGCGGAGGCGGAAGAAGAGCCGCAGCCGUCGGCGUCGGACUUGGGCUCGGAUUCCGAUUUGGAAAGCGAGGACUUUUCCUUUUCAGAUUUGGACUUGGAGUCGGACUUGGAGGGGGAAAAAGGCGAAAAAGAAGCUGAAGAAGAAGAAAGCGAAGUUGAAAACGAAGUUUCCCUCGAAGACAUUCAGCCGGUGGUGGAAAGCAGCAAAAAAAGAAGAGCUUCCCUUCAGAAAGCUGAAGAUCGGCCGCCAGUUCCAGUUGCGACUUUGCGCAGACAGGCGGCAAAAAGACGAAACACUCGAGUGCGGAUUGAAUACGAGCCGGAAGCCAUGGCGGAGGAAAUGUGA